UCCUGAGGGAAAACAGCCGCCCCACGAUCUUUCGGACCGGGAGGAUAUCAGUUACACUUACCUCCAAAAACAUAAGGUGCAUGGGCCACAGCGCGGCGUGGAAGAUGGACGUUUCCAAACACAAAGUUGUUUAUUGAUAGCGGCCGAGACUAAAGGACUUUCCCCCACCGGCGGAAUAUCAGUCAGUCUGCAGCUGGACUAAAGAAUCGUCCCGAACAUGCUGAGCUUCCUUCGCCGGACUCUGGGCCGGCGGUCCAUCCGCAAACAUGCAGAGAAAACCCGACUCCGGGAAGCCCAGCGAGCCACGACGCACAUCCCCGCGGCUGGAGAUGCCAAGUCCAUCAUCACCUGCCGAGUGUCUUUGUUAGAUGGCACAGAUGUCAGUGUUGACUUACCGAAAAAAGCCAAAGGUGCAGAGCUGUUUGAACAGAUCAUGUAUCACCUGGACGUUGUUGAGAAGGAUUACUUCGGCCUGCGCUUCAUGGAUUCAGCCCAAGUCCCGCACUGGCUUGAUGUCACCAAAAGCAUCAAAAAGCAAGUCAAAAUUGGACCACCGUAUUGCCUCCAUAUGAGAGUAAAGUUCUACUCCUCUGAGCCCAACAACUUACACGAGGAGUUAACAAGAUAUCUCUUUGUACUACAGUUAAAACAGGACAUUCUCAGUGGCAAGUUAGAGUGCCCAUUCGACACAGCAGUGGAGUUGGCUGCAUAUGCUUUACAGGCUGAAUUGGGUGAUUGUGACCCAGCCGAACACGGACUUGACCUGGUGUCAGAAUUCCGCUUUAUCCCAAACCAGACAGAAGAAAUGGAAGUAGCCAUUUACAACAUGUGGAAGGAGUGCAGGGGCCAAACGCCAGCACAAGCUGAGAUAAACUACCUAAAUAAGGCCAAAUGGUUGGAGAUGUAUGGAGUGGACAUGCACAUGGUCAAGGCACGAGACGGAAAUGAAUACAGCUUAGGUCUGACCCCCACCGGAGUGCUCGUGUUUGAGGGGGAAACUAAAAUUGGGCUGUUUUUUUGGCCCAAGAUCACACGUCUGGACUUUAAGAAAAGCAAACUCACCCUGGUAGUAGUGGAGGAUGAUGAACAGGUAAUGCAGGAGACAGAAGAGGGGAAAGAACAGGAGCACACAUUUGUUUUCCGCAUGGAUCAUCCAAAAGCUUGCAAGCAUCUGUGGAAGUGCGCUGUAGAGCACCAUGCCUUCUUCCGCCUACGUGGCCCAGUUCAGAAGAGUUCAGCCCGCUCUGGUUUCAUCCGCAUGGGCUCACGUUUCAGAUACAGUGGGAAGACAGAAUAUCAGACAACUAAGGCCAACAAAGCCAGACGAUCUGCCUCUUUUGAAAGAAGACCAAGUCGGCGUUACUCAAGAAGGACCAUGCAGAACAGAGGUCCUAACAAAUCCUCAGAUAACCACAAUAACGGAGUGAGUUCAGGCUUAGAAACAAAGCCCUCCCAUACUCGGCCUCCCUGGUCCGGUAUGCCUGUGGUCAGCAGCACACCCUCUGCACCAGGUCCUAUGGAAAUCGAAACCCUCCCCAGGAGCCCCGGAGGCAGCCAAUCAGACAAGAGGAGCGUGCCCUUGGUGACUGAUCUUUUGGAGACGUGCGUAGAUGAGGUUCUUGGAGUCCCUGUUCCCAUGGCGACAGCAGAAGAAGUGGGACCAGGUGCUGCUCAUUCCACUGCCAGCACGGCCACAGAGGAGACCCUCUCUUUGACCGAGGCUGCAGCUCGGCUCAAGCAACUAGAGAUUGAAAACACUCCAGUGUCUGCUCCAGCCAGAACCAACGUCAACCUCAACAUGAACAACCAGGAGGAAGUGGCAAAACUGACAGAGAAAAGUUUGAAUAGCGUGGGCAGCAGCCCUGUCCUGAACCAGCUCAAAUGUCCUGAGGAACUCAAGAGCAACAUCCUGAAAGCUCAGGCAGAGGCAGCACUCAAGGAUUCUAGAGAUGAACUUGGACUGACUCCAGACAAGAACUGUAACCUGCAGGAGGCAACAACCAGACUGAUGGGUCGUGGAGGCCGUAUGGGCAGCACAUCCUCUCUGCCCGUGAGUGGGAGAGCGGAACGUCAGGAGUCCUGGGACCUGCUCAAGCAGCCCGGCCUGCUGCCCUGUUCUACCAGCAGCCUGGAAGACAACGCAGAUGACUUCAUCUCUUCUGUACCGCUUCUGUCAUCAGAUCCAGUGAAUGAAGCCCAGUCAUCCAAGGUCAAAGUUCAGGAUCCUGAGCCGCUGACAGCCCCUCUGACUGAUAACCUGAUAGACUUCACAGACCCCAUUCCUGUAGUGCCGGCUCCCAAACCCACGAUCACUCCUCGAUGGAUCAUUCCAGCUUCAGCACCUAUACAGCCUGGCACCUUUACUAACGGCCUCCUCGACUGUACAGCAAAGAUGUCAGCAUCUCACCAUCCUGAAGGGGCUGCUGUUCCCUCCCUCCCCCAUCUCUCUCACACUCACAAUGUGAUUGCCACAAGUAUUGUGGCUCACCCAAUCAAGGACGACAACCACAAGCCCAAAGGUCUGCUGACCACUGAACUCUGAGAGCCAAGUCUUGAGCACAUGCCCAGCACCUGUCACUGGACCGUCAAAAGUUUUCCUGGAUUCCAGUCAAACACAUUCCACUGGACUCUGGGCAUGCAUGGGGCUGCAAUUUCAUCUACAAGAACGCUGUCUUUGGACAGAGAAACUCAACGCUCAAUGAACUCCGUUUCCGUGCAUAAAGGGCUAACAGCAGGGUCCGGUUUUUGGGGACCACCGUUUCUUUUAUAACUUUUAUACCUCUCGAGUGACUCUAUAUAGACCUUUUGGUGUAGCAGAAGCACACGAAUGACCUAGUCCUGUUGUGACGGGAUGUUUAAUCAUUUAGAACGUCUGAUCCACCUGCUGUCCACUUCCUGUUCCGAUCUCCUCUGAUUGGAUGACUGUGAAAGAGCUUGUGCUUCACUGUGGAUCACAAUGCAUCGCCGACUGUUUUUAGAACUGGAGUAGUUUUUCUUACAGAAAUUCUAUUUUUUAAUCUUUUUUUUUGUUUGUUUUGCCUUUCUCUUGCUCUGCUUUUCUGUGUUUUUAAGUAGUCACUUAAGUACUGUACUCUAAACUGCACAGCUGAUAGAGCACCGUCGUGUAGCUUUGCGUCACAAAGUCACUGAGCCAAGAUUCGCUGUUUGAAUGUUUUAUCAAUGCUGUUUUUAUCCAAACACAGUAGUUAUGACCUGCCUUAUUUUAAUAGCUCGUAUAAGAUUGAAACAUACACGGACAUGUUACUACAGUGUGAUUUGUCAUCUACUGUGUUUAGUCGAAUAUUUCACUGUGUGUUCUGCGUAGUGCGUAAAUGCAGUUAAGUGUGCUUCACUGUGUUGUGUUAGAUGUCAUGUGAGACACGGGAGCAGCUGAGACCUCUUGUCACCCACCGGCUCAGGCUACAGCAAAACUGCGAAGGACUCGGACCAUGUAAACAAACUACUACGAUAUUAUCACUGUGAUCCAACGAAAGAGAAAUGAUCACCAUCCGCAAUCUGCGCCAGUGCUUACUGCAAAUGAGAAGCCUUUCGCGGACCCUUCUUUCUCCGAUACAAAUUCAACAAACAUCUGCUGCUUUUUUUCAGGAUACUGAAAAGUACUGGAUCUGAAAUCACUGGGAUCAAAUGUUUGGAGGUCGAAUUUGAACUUUUUAUGUAGUAAAAUCUUGUAAAUAAUUAUUUGUCGGAUUUCUGAAAGUUGUUUAUAUGGUCUACCUGUUCUGAUUUGCUCUGACUUUAGUGGAAGUGUUCAGUCACAGAAGGCAGUUACUGGAAUCUGUUGAUAUGCUAAUUAAGUCUCACACUGUAGGCUUAUUUACAUACCGUAUAUUAAUGAUGUGUAGAUGACACAACGGUGAUCUGUUUAUAUCAGUACACUGACUGUAAGCCUUGUCAUUUUGUAUACUGUGAUAUUCCACAAGUAAAGAUAUUUUAACAUUGUUA